UCCCGCGCCGCGUCCCCUCCGCUCUCCACCGGGCCCUCCCUCCUCACCUCCACUGGAGUGCCUUAGCCCCACCCCGACCACGCGCCUCCCCGCCUUCAGGCCGGCCUCGGAGCCUGCGGAGCGCUGGGUGUAGGGUCGCCAUCCAGGCCCGGGCCGCCGCCUCCGAGAAGUCGGCGCGGGGCUCCGGGCCUGAAGCGGACAGGAAGGCAGGAUGCAGGAGUGCGGGGGAACCGCGGCGGGUCGCCGGGCCUUCGACAGCAUUUGCCCCAACAGGAUGCUGGAUCCGCGAGGCCGGCCCAUGAGCAAGGCCGGGAAGCAGGAGAGGAAGUUCGCUCCUCCGCGGAAGUUCUUUCCCGGUAGCAGCGGCUGCAGCCGGGUGUCGGUGUACCAGGAUCCCCCAGACGCCGAGACCCCUGCACUGCCAGCGCUCACCACCAUAGACCUGCAGGACCUCGCCGACUGCUCCUCGUUUCUUGGGUCCGACCCGCCGCCUGGUGGUGACUCAGCCGCCUCACAGAGCCAUUCCCUGCAAACGGCAGCGGACUUCGAUCUGCAGGAUUUCAGAGACACUGUGGAGAAUCUCAUUGCAGACUCAUCCUCUUUGAUGUCACCUUCCCUGGUGGCCGGAGACUUCCCGUUCUCUCCUAGCGACGUCCUGCCGUUUGGUCCCUGUCUCUCCCCACCGCUGAGCCCGCCCAAAGUGCCCCCGCCAGAGCAGUACUGGAAGGAGGUGGCUGACCAGAACCAGAGGGCGUUGGGGGACGCACUCAUCGAGAAUAAUCAACUGCACGCGACGCUGACCCAGAAACAGGAGGAAAUCGCCUCCCUGAAGGAGCGCAAUGUGCAACUGAAGGAGCUCGCCAGUAGGACCCGGCACCUGGCCUCGGUGCUGGCUAAGCUGAUGAUCACCCAUUCCCGGGAUCCCGGGGCGGCAGCCGAGCCCUUCCAGCUCAAGGCGACGGCCAAAAGGAGCCUGGAGGAGUUGUUCAGCGCUGCGGGGCAGGAUUGCGCGGAAGUGGACGCCGUUCUGAGGGAGAUUUCUGAGCGCUGCGAUGAAGUUCUGCAGAGCCGCGAUCCCAAGAGGCUCCGGCUGCAGCCCGAGCCCCCGAGCCUGGACCGCAGGCCCGGGAACCUGCACGGCGCCUUCCCGGGGCUGCGCACAGACUGCAGCCGGAGUGCGCUGAACCUGAGCCACAGUGAGCUCGAGGAGGGCGGCUCCUUUAGCACCCCCAUCCGCAGCCACAGCACCAUCCGCACCCUUGCUUUCCCCCAGGGCAAUGCCUUCACCAUCCGGACCGCCAACGGGGGUUACAAAUUCCGCUGGAUCCCCAGUUGAGCUGGGAUGUGGUCCUCCGAAACACUGCCUCUAUGCCGAUUGAAGCGCCUGGAAGCUAAACGCGGGUAGCUGAAAGCUGGUUUCUCAGAACUUCGCCUGCAGGACCGAUGCCACUCUGAAACUUUUUUUUUUUUCAGGAACAAGAACGUAAAACGUUUUGAUACUGAUGCACUGUAAAGUUCUGUAAGAUACUGUACUGUCCCUCCCCUCUUCACAGCGAAACCGCGCGCUUGUGUGUGUGUGUGUGCAUAUAUCAGUCAAUUUUAAAGUAUUUAUUUUUAGCAGCUUUGAAUUCUGUACUUUUCAGAGCUGUAAGGGACCUAAAAACCACUUAGCUGUUUUUAAUUACAUAAUGCCCUAGUUCCGCAGGAAGCAAAAGGAGAUUCUAAGAAAUUAAGUAAUUUUCUACCAUCAGAGGCGUCAUGGGAACCUUCUUAGUGUUCUCACUACUUUUUUCAAAGAUUGUAGGUCCAGAAGCCAGGUCUUUGGGUGAACCUUUAAGUACAUCACUCACUUCCCUUGAUCCAGGAAGAACACUGAAUUUUGUUACUAUUGAAACUUUUCAUUGUAGCUGAAGGAAUAAAACAUUAGGAGAGGUUAGGAUUAAGAAUUUCUAAUCACUUGUCUCAGGGCAAGCAAUAGAACAGGAAGGUGCAGAUUCUGAGUCAAUGGGUUUUUGAUAAAAACAGGUGCUAAACACAUUUGUUUGUAAUGAUUAUUCUUAUAAUUUUGUAAGAUUUAUGAUAAAUAUUUAUAUGAAUAAUAUAAUUUUAUUUGUCUGAACAGAAUAACCACAGAAAAAGCAAGCUUUCUUAGUAAGAAACAUUUUAAGAAAAUGGCAUAUUCCACGUGAAAAAUAAUGUGUUUUAGCAUGUUCUUUUUUUUUUGGCAGAAACCAAGUGUGGAAAUCUUCGUAAAACUGUCUGUUUGAAUUCCAUGGAUAAAAAUAGGGUACACAUUCAUGUUUCAUAUUUCUUGGCUUCAUCUUCUAAGAAAAACGGAGGUGUUACAUGAUGCCUUCACUUUGCCUUUUGUUUAUUCUCUUUUGAGUGCCAUUCCUUUUCCUAUUCUGUUGUGUAAUUUUGUGAGUAGAGUAUGUCAAGCAGUGAUUUGUCCCCACCUCCACAGUUCUCAUCACGAGGGCUACUUCUUGUCUUUGGGGGGCUCAGCCUGGGCAAGUUUCCAACCCUGUUACACCACAUAGCUGGUUCUGCCACCGGAAUGCUAUUCUGAAUGGAGUGAUCGGGUAACAGGUGAGCUGGGCGGGGCGGCAGAACCUGCUUCUCCUGUUUACCCUGUGUGCUGUUAUCUGCAUUGAAAUGGCCAUUUGGAAAACAGACAAAAAAGUGAUAGAGCACAUUUCCUCAUACUUCGUCUAACAGAUGGACUCAAAAAAAUAUACUGGAUGGUUCAGAAUUCUUUUUAUCAGCUUAAAUAUGAAGUCACUGCAGUUCAGCAUCAGAGGAAACAGAAAACAAAAACAAAACCCUUUAACUUGCUUCGAGAAACAGUCAUCUUGUUAAAAGUUCUUUUCCUCUCCAGUCCUCAAUUAGUAUUUUCAUAAUGCAUUAGCUUCAAUGACAGAAAAGUUAAAAAACUAUAUGUAUUUUUCUACUUGUCUUAUGCCUGGAAUUUAAAAAAUUAUAAGACUUAUCAAGAAUGCUGUGUGUAGUGGUUGGUGGGUUGGGGUCCUUCCCUGAGCUGAAUGAGCCCACAAACCAGAGCUUCCUUGACCUGGUGUUUUCCUUGCUUCUUUGGGAUGUUAACCACUCCAUGACUGAGUGCUUAUAUGAGCAAUGAAGGGAUCUGUGCCCACUAAUAUAUGUCCUUAUGUUCCUUCCAUGGUAUGAAUUCUUAGUACUGCUUGUUGCUGGUUUAGUAGAA